ACAUUACCCACACUGCUUUGCCUCGAAAACAAAAAAAUGGCGGGCUGUGGGAGUCAUUUCCCCGAAAUAGAUGAAUGAUUUCAACUCGUUUGAAAGUGUUCUAGUUCAAAAUACAAAGGGAUUCUUGUAGGGUUGAAGCAGAAAGACUUUCAUUCGAGUGACGGACUUCGUUUGGAUUUCUAAGAAGUAACGAUCAUGGCGGAAGUUUGGUUGUUUUCGUCUGUUGCCCUUGUGAUCACGAAAACGAAAGUAGACGACUAGAACCGUUCGAUGGCUUCUUCGACGGUGUUUCGUGGUCGACGGGUCGUAGAUCCCGUCCCAGUUCAGCGAGGUCUGUCGCCGAGAGAUGGAAAAUACCAGUCUUCGUUCUCAGAUUUAGCGGCAGCUUGGGAAAAUGUUGGGGAAGCGAAGUCUGCGCUUCAGGCUGCUGAAGCCAGAAUAAACGAAGCAAAUGCUGGACUUGGAGAUAAUGAAGGGCUGGACACUCCUAUGGAGGAAGUAUUCUCAGAGACACAGAGAUAUGGAAGAGUAGCCAGAUAUGAACUGCGGCCGAAUCAUUUUGGACAAGAUGUAACCUCCGUGUCUGGUCGAAAUAAUUCAAGAAGGGCAAAUGAUUAUCGGAUGAAUACCAACAGACAAGACUUACCAAGCAGAGCACCACUACACACGUCUCUUUUGUCUCCUCCAUCAAAGGAUAUUCAUGCUGAGCUUCGAAAUGGUCCCACGUCAAGAAAUCCACUGCCAGCCUUUCCCACAUACUCCUCAGACUCUGGAGUAAGAGAGCCAGGCAUUACAACGUCUUAUUCUUCAAUCCAUAGAACAAAUGAGCUGCCAGGCCGCAGAUCACCUAUAAGGUUUCAAGGCCUUUCAUCCAUUCCUUCUGCUUCCAGUUUUGACGAUUCUUUGGAAGUUGGAGGUACAUCUAGGCUCUCUAGGAAUGAAAGUCGUCCAACAUCCUCACUUGGGCUUAGACCUGUAAUAGCCAAUAAUUCAGAUGCACUUGCAAGAUUAAAAGAGAGAAUAAAAUUACAGAAAGAGCAGGCCUCAAGACUGAGUCCAACUGGUUCUGCUAACGGAAAUAGUUCUUCAAAUCCGUCCCCUCCUCCAGACAUCCCAUCUGUGGAUGCUGCAGUGGUGGAACCUUACAGAAGUGACAUAGAUGUUCCAGUGAGAGCAGCAAUUUCAAAACGUAAAGUAGCCUCUGCCCCUGCUGCCCCUGCUUAUAAAGGUUUCAGUGAGGUUGAGUCAAAGGUUACGACUAAAUCUGAGGCAAACAGAAAAGUAAAAGCAAAGGGUUUUGCAGUUGACAGCACAAUAGCAAAUUCUGCCAACCUUAGACCUCCAAAACCACUGCAAAAGAAAGCACCUCCUAAAGUACAGCGAGUUAUAGCUCCUUGCCGUCCAACAGAUAUCAUCACAACGUCUUCAUGGCGCACUGGUCAGCGAACUGUGAAAAGGAUCUUGGGGCCUGCUAAGAAGACAUCAAGUUCUGCGACAGGCCGUCCCCAGUCAAGUAGCAGUCAGGACACAGAUGUGUCAGAACCCAGGAGUCUGAAUUUCCAGUGGAAAGAUGAAGAUGAUGACAAGAAGGGUGGCGAGAAAAUGAAUGGUGACACUGCCGUAAGGGAUGGAAGUACAAACGUUGAGGUUCCCAGAGAAAAGUCUCCAAUGCACGAAGAACACAUUAAUGGACUAGAUUCUGAUUCUGAGCUUUCCCAACACUCUUCAGGUCCAGCAGCAGAAUCUGAAGCAGAUGUCAGUGAGCAGGACAUGAAGGAUUUAAAAGGCAAUAAAAUGCUGUCAAUGGAAGCCAAAAAUAUUUUGUCUGACCUAGAGUUAGAUACUGAUGAUGAGGCGGAGAAGGAGAUUGAAAAGGCAAUUCCUGAGUCCAAACCCAAACAGAGCAGAGUGAAAAACUCAUCAAAGAGAACUCAGAGAAAGACACCAUUUCAUCCACAGUCACAAGUUUCACAACAGCCAGUCUAUCCCAAGCAAAAGUCAAGACACUAUGAUGCAGAUGAAGUUAAGAAAUACAUGGCUAAACAAAUGGCAGAGAGAAAGAGAAAGUUGAAAGAGGACAAACUUCUGAAAAAAAGGGCAGUGGAAGAAAAAAAGAAGAAACUUGAGGAACUGUACAGUAGGCAGAAAAAGAACCUUCAAAACAAUCUUCAUCAUAAAGACAAGAAAUCAUUUGGGGAGACUUAUUCUAAAGGCCGUAGUGAUCUCAGAUCUGUUAUUUACCCUUACAAUCAUCCUUUUCAACAAGAUGAAGUAGAGUGUUACAGUGAAGACACUGGAGUUAGUGAAUCAGACAAAGAAAAUCUUGACAUCGCCUCCUUCAGAGGUCUCCCAGCUUAUCCAGCUUUUAAAGGGAAUGGCAAUGACCACCACAGCCUUUCUAGUUCACCAUCAGGGUCCAUGUCUCCAGAACCUGACCAGUUAAGUGACAGAGAAGAGAAGAGUCAAGUUCCACAUGUGACAAGUGUAUCAGUUGGCACUAAACUGGUUGAUAUCAGGCCCUCUGCCUAUGUUGGCUUCCCUGAAGAAAAACCAAGAGAUGACAUCUUGGCAACCAGAAGUGACUUGGAGCCUCAUUCUUCCAGUCCAAACCCUCCAGACAGAAACAGACCAGGUGCUGUGCCUUUAACUGAGAAUGAAGAAUUGAAACUGUCGGGGAGUCCUCCCAGAGAAGACAGAAUUGCAGCCAUCAAACAGACUGCAGCACAGCUCAAACAGCGACUGGAAUCAGAGGCUUGGAGACUGGGCUUAAACCUACAGCCUGCAUCACCUAGAAAACCAGAUGAACAACUAGGAACUUUAACAUCAACUAGUGACUAUACAGUCUUUAAGGGAGCACUCCCAGGAGUUGACAAUCUCCAUGAACAAGCAGAGCUUAAUCAAGAGCUGGAUUCCAAGACAAGUGCUGCAACAACAAUCCAAGCUGCCUUCAGAGGUCACAGUGUUCGGCAGGGUCUCAAUUGGAAGCUACCCUCUGGUAGGACCCUUAGGUCCACCAUCAGGGAAGGGCUACAUCAAAGACCAAGAAUUUCAGGGGCUGGGGCAUCAGAGUCGUCCCAGUACUCCACAGCCAGGGACACUGUGGUCCCUAAUGAAGGAAACAGCAGCAUAUCUGAUAUCAAUACAUCAUACAGUUCUGCCCGCUCUAAUGCUCAAUCGCCAACACACAGCUCAAGAUCUCUAAAGGAUGACAGAUCAUUGAGUGUUAGAAGUCCAUCUUUGCAUGAAUCAGAAAGAAGAAAACAUGUUACAGGGCACGUGUCUAAACAGUCCAGGGAGACAAAGCCUUCAACUCAUCCUUGGAACAGCAAAGGUGGUGACAGGUUGAGUGUCAUCAAUAUUUUCACGAGAAGAAACCCUCACUUGAAAUUUCUGCCCACAGAAGAGGAAAGUUUAGAGGAGGAUGGAUUGGAAACAGGGAGUCUUCUCGAAGAAACCUUGCUAGACAACAGAGCAGGAAAAACAGCGAGUCUACUGGAGCCAGGUGCAGACUUGGAUCAAUCUGGAGGCCUGUUAGAGCAAACAUUAGUGGAAGAAUCUCCUGAGAAGAGUCAAGACCGUGAUGAAUAUGACGAUGAUGACUUUACAGGCUCAUCACAGGGAAACAAACGUGAAGGAAGUGAAAAGCGCACUCCAAGCCCUGAUAGGACUCUACUCUCUGCUGACAGGAGUCUAGAGAGUGGUCCACUGUCACCCACCCUGUCAGAAGGAGAAUUGUCCCGUGCAAGCGAAGUUAGCCAGCGCUCUCCGACUUUCUCUUCCACACGGCGUUCUCCUCCAAGAGACCAAGAGACUCAGAGCCAUCUUCCCCCUUAUACCCCACCAACUCGCCCACCUCCAUCAGUGUUCACGCCCUCUCAUCAGGGAGGUGACCGCCUGUCACCUGGGUCUCUAGACAUGAGGCUGACAGCAGAACUCAACAGACUGGAGUACAUGGAGGAGUCAGUGCGCCAGCUGACUGAUGUUGAACGAACUCGUGCAGUUUCCAUGGCGCAACAGGAGACUGUCUCAUUGGCUCAGAUACUCAAGUCCAAACAACUUUCACACGCUCGUGAUAUGGAGAAUCUAAGGGCUAAAGCUCGAGAGGAAGCUUUAGAGGCAGCCAAACAGCUUGAAGAGGCCCGCCGUGCUGCAGCGGAUGCAGCUGCAGGUGCUGCGGAGACAAUUGCUCGGGUCAGACUUGAAGCGGCUGCUAGCAUUUCAGAAUCCGCUGACAGGCUAGUGAAGGUGCAAAGUGAGGCAGCGCGAACAACAGCAGAGUCAGCCAAGCAUGUGGAGGAGGCCCGCUCUUCAGCCGCACGGACUUUAUUAGAUGUUGCUAGACAACAGACUGUGGACACACGAGGUGUUGCCGCCGACGCAGCCAGCGCAGCCGCAGAAGCUGCUGUCAAGAGCACCAUGGCACGCUUUCACGAGCAGCAAGAACAGCUGUUAAGAGAAAGAGAGGCGCGACUGAAGAGCUAUCGUGACCAGAGUCACGACGAACGCACACGUGACAGUUACUCAAGCUACUCGGCCAGUGAACGCACGGCAGACAGCUACUCUAGAACCAGGACUUCACGGCCAGGAACAGACGCGUUGGACCGGGCUUCCCAAGCCAAGGGUAGUCCUGGUAGCAGGACGUAUGUUAGUGAUGAUUUAGAUAUUUCUAGAGGCUCGCAGCAAGAUAGAACUACAAGCGUUCGUACAGCAAGUAAUUUGUCAGUGGACCGUUCCUUGAGCCGCAGCCGUCGCACUCCGUCUCAGGCGGAUCCCGCUUCACACUCGAAGCACGCGCCGUCAGCCGGAGAGGAGUCGGGGAGCAUUCCUGAGGAGAUGGAACACAGUGUUGCUGAAAGCGUCCUGUCUGAUAUCGGGCUUGAUGUGGCUGAAGAUGAUUCGCUGGCAGAGGUGUUAAGCGGGGAUAACCUUAGGAAACCUACUGAGCGCUUGGAGAGGUCUCCUGAAGACGACUACACGCUGAACUUUGAAGAGUCGGUGAUGUCGUCGCAUACAGCUACAGAUGACGAGAUCGACUUUCGAAUGAUUCUUCCUUCUGAGAGCCACAGGCGUCGGAGCCUGGGAAAGACCGGAAGGAGCGGCAGCAUACCCUCUGACCAGGGCACUGUGUCGUACUCGUCUGACGAUAACCACGAUUCGCAGGAUUUUCCAGUUGAUAAGGUGCUGGAAGAGUUUUCCGCGGCGCCUUUUUCCGGUGAGGACUCGUUCUCCCAGUUCACGUCCGAAAUGGUCCGUUUGAUGAAAGAGGAAGAAGUUCGAGCCAAACAUCAAGCGGGCCUCCUGCGCCUUCGCGAAAAAGCCCUCAAGGAAAAGACGCGAGCCGAGAUGGCCUGGCUCGAGUGUCAGAAACAAAGGCACCGCGAUAAGGGUGCUGAUGACGUCAUGCCGUCAAUCAGAAAACGCCAACGAGGGGUUCUGAUGAGACUUCAAGCUGAACAGGCGGAGAUCAAGCGUCUGAAAGCAGCGAACCGUGCAGCCAGUUAUGAACGUCGCCUGCUGUUGAUGCAGCAGGAGGAGAUAGCCCGACUAAGGAAAAACACCAAGAAAAUAAGAGAGAAAGCGGCCACAGAGCAAGCCACUCACGGACAGGAACGAGGAGAAAAAACUGCAGAACAGGACUUUAUUGAACAACCCAAGAGCGAAGCUGAAUCAACUGAAAUAAUUGAGGAGCUUGAAGAAAAACCCGCUGACCAUUCCACUCGCAGCCGUUCAUCCGUUUUAGAGGACAUUACGACUGCCUCACCUUCGGCUUCUGCAAACGCGAGUGUCGCUGAAGAACUUCCUAGCUACCAGUCUCCUGGAGCAAGUCGGACCGAGACUCGCCCGUCCAAUGGCCACGGAGGGUCUGGUACUGCUGAGAGGAAGAGACUGUUGUCUGAGGGAGACAGUGACGAGGGAUCGGCCAAAGAAGGGACCCUCUCGGCUAGCAAAGGAUCACCAACAGCUUCUGACUCGACUGUUAUGCAGAAACUGAAGAAGUUAAAGAAUCAGUCCAGCGAAAGGUACCUAACCUUGCGAGAGCAGAAGCUUAUGAAACGGCGGAAGGAGGCUGAAAAUCUGUUGGAAGACAAAAAGAAGCUCCUAGAAUGGGAAAAACGACUUGAUAAAGAGGAAAGUCUUGUAAGGAACCUUCUCAACGAAGCUCUCAGUCUCGAGAGCUCGAGGAACAAGGCAAGAACAACAAGCAUUACAAGUGAAGAGGAAGAACACAAAGUAGAUCGCAGUGGUCGAGGAUCUGCCAGCCUUUCGGCGUCCCGAAGUCCCUCGAGUAAAGUUAGCGAUAAAGGUCGAUCCCCUCAACGAACAGAGAGUAUCAGCGAAUCCAUCAAGGUCUCCGGAUCACGUGGCCACGAACGUAGCGUCAGCGAGAGUUCAGUCCCCGAGGAUAUCAGCGUCUCUGCACGUGACAAGUCACGUGAUCGUUUGGAGAAGUCACAUGAAAGCUCCAUCCCCGAGGUGGACAUGAAGACUCGGUCCCAGGGAAGCUCGAUUCCUGAGGAGAUUCCUGAGGAAUAUGUCAACGACACUUUCGAGUCUCUGGAUAGCACAGCCACGCCGGUGCACUCCACCCCUGUGCGGAGCGAUUUGUCGCUCAAGCGAGACACCUCUCCCGCGGUCAGCCGCAGGUCUUCUGCAGGAGAAGGGAGUAAAAGCGAGGAAGAGGCAUCGAUGACUGAAACGUCGGAUCACAGCGACAUCGAGUCACGCGUCCGCCGGCUGAGAGACCAACUGGAAGUACGCAAGCGUGAGGUAAAACGCUUGUAUAAUGAAAGAAAAAAGCAAAGGAAAGCGAUGUUACGGGCACAGGAGGCUAGUUUGAGACAGGAACUGCAGGCUGUGGAAAUGGUAAUCUCAAGGACAAAAGCCGAACUCAAUCGACCUCAACCGGACUCCAAGAGACCAGAGACUGGCUCAACAGAGCAACGUGCUGUGAACUCCAAAAGCGAGUCCAGUGACACUAUCCCCACCCGUGAAGUCAGAUACCACCUCUCCCGAACCUCAGAUGCCAGUGGAAGUCGCAAGUACACUCCCCCGGACAAGCCUGCAAGUGUGUCAGCCAGAAGUGAACCGGCAGGGGGGAGAGCUUCAACUGCUGUGGAUGCGGAUGUUAGCAGUCGAAGCGACCGAACAAUUUCUGAUGCUCCGAGCUUGAAAGAGAAAGAAAAGGAUUUGUCUUCUGCGAGUGGAGUUGGAGCAGAGGAGAAAACGAAAUUACCUGAGAAAGGUGAAACUACGUUGAAUAAAAGAGUAGACCUUGAUCUUACUGACAGAACUCGAAGUCCUGAUGAAUCAAUCUCGGCAAAUCGUCUGCAGCCAUCGGAUAGUGAAAUCAAGACAUCCGUGAGGGAUCGACAAGAUUCGGAAGCAGAAAUUGAAGAUGAAGCAAAAACAGCCCAAGAUUUGUCUGUGAGUGAAGAAAGUGAAGUUCGAACAGCGUCUAAAAGAUCUUACUCUGAAAAGUCGUUCGAACAGAGGUCCCUAGGUUCUAGUAAAUCAUUGUCAGUUAGUCGUGGGAACGAAUCGGAAAAUGAUUGGAAUAGUUCGGUACAGGAACGGUCCAAUCUAGACUCCAAGAUCCCGGAUGAAGCCAAGACUGCAGAUGAUGUAUCAGUGAGCGAGGUUGUUAGCAGGUCAAAAUCCUCUCGCUCUGAAUCCAAUGGACUUACAAAAUCGAAGGGUGAUCGCUCAAGUAUCGCCAGCGAGCGAAAGUCGACUGUUUCCGAGGUUUCAAAGUCUUCCCGACUGUCAAAAUCUCCGGUGCCGUCGGAAAAAUCCCGAAGCUCGCAUCAGUUGUACAGUUCAUCUUUUGAAAGUGUCCACAGUGAAGGAGAUAACACCGAGGACGACAUUAGUGAACAUAUUAGUAUUGAGGAAGAUAUAAAAGACGAUGAACGGUCUGGAGUAAAGGACAGCGUUAAAGAUGAGGUAUCUACCCAACUAGAAAGAGACCCAUCAAAGGAUGGAGAAAGGACGAUUGAUUUUUCGGAAGUUCCUGAGGAAAUUUCUAGCGUCGGGAAUGAAAGAUCUGAAAUUAAGGAAGAUGUUCCUGCAACUCGAAAAACGAUAUCUGUGUCCGAUGAAAGAAGCAGCCUAGCAUCUCAAACGUCUGUACAAGAAGAAGAAGAUUUACUUAGACCAGAGAAAAAUGAAGAUCACCCUCCUUCGUACAGCGCUGACUUCGAGCCUUCGGCGUUGGACGAGACAGAAGAAGGAAAAUCUGACAAUUUAAUACGUCAAGCUUCCUACACUCCAGAUUUCGACGCAUCCGAGUCCAACGUUUCCGUACAGGACGACGAAAGCUUCCAGCAAGAAGGAAAGCCCCAAGACUUGAGUUACCACUCUAAGGAAAGCGAACAUUCUGAGGCGAGUAAAGGAAGCGAUAAGAUGUCGCCCCAAAAGGAGCUUCAUCGAGAUGAACCCCUGCUGCCCAAUGACCAGCGGCUUGCAGGAAUUCCAGUGGUCCAGUUAGAGCAAGCUACCGAUGAGGAGAGCAUUGCAGAGGAGCUGAGUGAAAACGUUGAAGAACUCGAAGAGAUUGGUGACAAAGAAGAUAGCAGCACUUUAGAAAAACACGACUUGGAUAACGAAGAAAAAUUAGAAAGACUCUCAAACGAGAAGGGUAGCAUUGACAACAACGAAGUAGCUUCAGUGUUACCUGAUGUUCCAACGCCGGAACCGCAAAGCGAACGAUCUGUUGACCAGACAGCUGAGAGAAUUGUUCACGACUUGUCUGCCAUGUUGUUGACCGAGUCAAUGAACUGCGUGACGAGCGUGUUGGAAAAGCGCCGACGACCUACCGAAGAUUUACCGAACGAGAUGGCGGAAACUCGCGAAGAAAGGAGUAAUAGACUGGAUAAGGAAGAUAGAUCUUCAUUAGAAGAUGACAAGGAUGUGAUUUCGCGGUCGUUGGAAGAAACGUCCGAAGGGGACAAGGUUUCUGAUCAUUUAUCUGUUUCACAAGGCGAAGAUUCAGUUUCUGGACUGGACUUUAGAACAAAAGAACGUGAAGAUCUGUCUCCCUCUCUUGCCGAACAACCUCCGCAAGAAACAAGGGAAGAGCGAAGUAAUGCUAUCGUAAAUAAACUUUCAGACGCAUUGCUUAAAGAAGCUGCGUCACAAAUGAUCGCCAUCAUGAGAACACGGCAAGAAAAGUUUGCAAAAGUAGAGAAAGAGCAAAGCACUGAUUCAUAUACACCCUCUAAGGGGAAGAUAGAAGAUGAACCUCACUCGGGAGAGGCGAGUCCUUCGUCCCCCAGGUCUAAUCGAUUCAUGGCUGUGCAGCGGUUUCCCGAGGGAUUACUUAAGUAUACCGAGGAAACAUUAACGCCCCCCGGAAGCCCAACGAACGAUCAGAACUCACCGAUCGAUGAGAAAGAAUUGGCAGAUAAGCUUGAUCAGUUGAGGCGAUUGCACGACCAUCUUGAUGGUGCAAGGGACCAGCACGUAGAAGACGAUGACGAACGUUUAGAAUUUCCAGUCAAUACUAAUACAGUAAUAGAGUUCCCUUCGCAGGACGAAGAUGAAGACGAGGAGAGCUUUAGGCGCUCCAGAGCAGCUUCCUUGCUUUUCUCUGUUCCUCAUCGUCCGAGCGAAGUCAGCCCGUUGGUAGCUUCCUCUCUUUCGGUUUUCUUCAAACGUAAAAGACAAGGACUCCCGAUAGACAACGUCACUCCGCCGUCGGAAAUAAUCGGAGAAGACGAGGCGGACGACGACCUUGAAGCGAAUAGCAAACGAGUCUACCGACGACUGGUGUUCGAUUUGACUGGCAGUUUACUCAAAGAACUCUUAUCAGAGGAGGCGCCCUCUAACCGUCCAUCGUGGAUGAAGGCAAAACCGCGGCGUAAACGUCGCUUACAUCGCGGUCUACAACCUCUGGUCCAUGAACAAGACUUUCUUCCCGUAGUGGAGCAGCAAGUGUUGAAUUUAAUUGGCCUAGGCGACGCCAGACCCUCUCUGGAACGUGUCCGCCGUAAAACGCCGCUGAAGGCGGGGAAAAAGGAUUUCGUCGACGCAAUCUUGAUUCAGGAACUUCGAGAAGACGAGCCGCUUUGGAUUGAUUACGAUGACGAUGAACUUGCUGUGAAGUUCCAAGUGGCGGACGCUAUCUUUGAAUCGCUCUUGUCAGAGACUGUGAUGGUGGUGAAUGCUGUGCAGUUAAGACGUGAGGCCAGAGCUGAUGUUGCGCGCAGCUAGCAGUGUGUCUGGUCGUCUUAUUUUAUAAUUAAUCCACUGGUUUUCGGAAAUGUGAUAGGGCUUUUCCUACUGCAAUACAGUGUCCUUUCCCUUUAUGACCUCAACCGGAAUAUCAGUGGAACUCUUAUCAGCCAGUGACACCCAACUGGAGUAUAACCUGUUUCCUGGUGAUAGCGUAUUUUCCCUCUUUGCGUCCCUCUCUCUAUAAGGGCACCUUCUAAUAAGCCGCCUCUUCCUCUUCUUAUGUAACCAUCCUUUCUUUCACCCACUCAAUAUCUUAUCCUCUUACCCAACGAAAUGUCGGUUUUGUUUCAGAUUUGGGGAGGGAUGAUGGUGUUUAUGGUAACUGGUAAUCAGUAGUACAGAACUCGGAAAAAAAAAAAAACGUUUUCAAAAUAGUUUCUUGCUCAAAUCAUUCCAGUGACUCUUUAAACAAUAGAGAAUUCUAGCUCAAAUUGGCAAAAGCUUUAAUCAGAGUGUAGAAAUUAAGGUGAGUGUUAUUAAGAUCUGCGGUUACUCUCACUUUACUGUCUAGCCCUUUUUGUCCUCUUGUUUAAAUGUAACAAAUUACCCAAAAUAUUUUUGUGCAGUGAAAUUUUCCUGUAAAUUUUCACGCGUUGGUUUGCAAUUGUACGUAUAAAUUAUGAAUUAUUUUGGCAUCCUCGCGUGUCACGGCAUUGUAAUUAGAACUCGCUGUAAUUGUAAAUAGAGAGCUCCAAUUUUAUUUUUAUUUGAAGAAUGUGAAAUAUGUUCUUGGUGAAUAAAACGUUUCACGUUGUUGGUUAAACGACUUC